AUGUCGACGAGGAGAAGCUACCACAAGGUCCGGGGAGGUUGCCUCACCUGCAAGCGGCGCAAAGUCCGCUGCGGGCUCGAGCGACCGACGUGCGACAACUGCAACCGGCUGUCUCGUGAUUGCACCUACGCUGCUGAGACAGCGAUCAAACCGGCUCUCUCGAGGUCGCCUUCUAUAGCCCCCAUUCCCAGUGCCGCGCUGGAAGUCGAGCUCAUGCACCAUUAUACAGCCUUCACCGCACCAACAGUGGGCCACGAUCAGCAUCUCGUCUCACUAUGGCGAGACGUCGUCCCCAAGCACGCCUUCAAGCACCGCUUCCUGCUCCUGGGCCUUUUUGCCGUCGCCGCCCAGCACAAGCUGCACUGCGGCAAGCCCGAGUUCCCCGACGAACUAUUUGACGCCGCCAGCUACUAUUAUCAGGAGGCACUACCCAUCUACAUCAGUCUGCUCGACGAUAUCAAUGAGGACAACUGUCACGCCCUGUUCGCCUUUUCCCAGCUGCUCGCCGGUAUUUCCUGCUCUCGACUGAGUCUGGGCUUCUACGACCAGCCGGGCAGUCCGCAGAGCCUCAUCGACAGCCUCGUCGGCGUUUUCGAGCUGCUCAAGGGCGCGCUGGCCAUCGCUAAACAGGCCAGCACGUGGCUGAAUGCGGGAGAUCUGAGAGAUAUGAUGAACAACCUGCCGGUGCUCGAUGCUCCAGAGGAGUCCGCUGCUCAAAAGCCGUGUGCAGAAGCGCUCGCGGCCUUGACUGUUCGAAUUGUUGGUGACACGGAGGCCGAUGCGACUGCCGGUGCAAGCACGCGGGCCGAGAUCCUCCUGCCGACCAUCGAGCUGAUCCGCACGCUCCUCAUCCGUUAUCCAUCAUCCGGAAAUGACGGCCUAAGCAAGAUCGCCGGCCUGCCGGUGUGGCUCGAUGCCCGCUUCUACCGCCUGCUGAGGGCUCGCGACGAAGCUUCACUCGUGGUCCUGGCGUACUACGGUGCGGUGCUGCAUCGCGUCAACCACCCAUCGCCCAUGUGCUGA